CAAAUAUAAUUCGGUGUUAAAAUAAUUAAACACCUUUUAUACAUUUAAAAGUUAAUUAUGAAUAAGGGGGAAAUAAUAUAAAAAAUAGUAUUUCAAACAUAAACCACCCCACAAAACAAUGAUAGCAAUUUGUUUAACAAGUUAAUGUUAAUGACCUAAACUUUUGUUGACAAAAUACAUAAAAGUUAAUUUUCCUAACUAUAAACAGUGUAAAAUAGAUUCCAACUGAACAUGUCCGUGGAAAUUAUACAGAAUUUUUCCUAUCCACCUCUAAAGAAGCGACCACGUGAAAUAAUAUCAUUGGCCAGUGAUGGAGCCUCCUCUAAAUGCGCCGAAAUAUUUGUUACAAACAAUGCCGAUAAAUGGACAUUUUUCUGUGCCUAUUGUCAAAAGGCUACCUGUGAUAUAGGCGCUUUCAUUUGUCACAUUAGAUUGGAACACUUGAAUGUUCAGACAGAUUCGAGCAGUAGCAAUCAGACAACUGAAUUGGAAACAAAUUCAUGUUCACUACCAAAUGAUAAUAAUCUCAUAUUGCCUAUGACAACUAAACAUAACGCAGUUGCUAAUGAUGGUGAACAGCCCAUGUAUAGAAAUUUAAUUAAAAAAGAAGUAGCUAUAGAUUCAUUAAAGCAGCCUGAAAGUAAUGAAAUGGAGAACUUCCUUGCUAAUAAGAAUUCCACGGCAACACCAAAUCUUUCAAACGAAAUUCUGGAACAAUUCUAUGAAAUAAAUGAAUUCGAAGAUGUGAACGAAAGUAUGACAAACAACGACUUUGACGAUGUUAAUGAGUCAAACACACUCUCCUGUUAUUCUCUAAGUGAUGAUGACACCUAUUUAGAAAGUAAUGAUACAAAUACAGCCAGUUGCAGUAAGCCCCAUAAAAGAAGAAAGAAAAUAACAGAUGCAGCAGACAGUGAGUUAUUGCACCACAAAUGCCCGACUUGCAAUCGCGGUUUCAAAACUAAACAAGGCGCUAUACAGCAUAUAUUACACAGCCAUGACGAAAACUAUCACAUGAAAUUGCCCAUAAAAUGUAGAGUGUGUAGCCGAGGUUUCCAUACAGCAAGUGGUUUAAAAGCUCACAUAAAAUCUCACGAUGAAAAGAAGCAUUUGCAGUGUCCGAUUUGUCCUUCGAAACAUAAAGAAACCAAUUUUAUUACACAUGUUUUGACGCACGAAUGCGACACAUGCUUUCCUUGUCAGGUGUGUGGCAAAGUAUAUAACAGUAAUGUCGAACGCAUGCAGCAUUGGGAAACACACGCUAAAGACAAACCAUUUGAUUGUAAAAUUUGCUAUCGCCGCUAUCGUAAACAACAAUAUCUGACGCGUCAUUUAAAAAUCCACAAUCAAUAUCAGUGUAAUUUCUGUCCGGCUGAAUACGUUUCAACUAAAACUGAACGAGCUCCCUAUAUGUGUACGAGCUGUGAAAAUGUUCCCGAUAUAAAGCAAAAAGCUGAACAUCUAAGAUCAUUGGCCUAUAAAAAUCAUGUAUUCGAUUCAGAUGAGGAUACCCUUCCAUCAUAUAACCCGACAAGCGAAGUUGCUGCACAAGAUAAUAAGAAAUCAAAUGACAUCAAACAAAUCUUACUAUUCUCCAAUAACAACGAUGCGACAAGGGAUGAAUCUUGCAAUGACUCAACUACUCCUGGUCCUUUUUCUCUAAACGAGCAAAUUUAUAACGAUAAUAACGAUGAAUUGCUGUCAAUUGAGGAUGGCUCCGACUUGGAAUUUUUAAAUGAAACCGACCAUAUUGUUAUUGAAGAUGGUGAUGAUGAUGAUGAUAUGCCUAGUAGUAGCGGCCAACACAUAUUCCAGUCAGACAGUGACACACCGCAGAAAUGUUCAUAUUGCGAUAGAGUUUUUAAAUCCAGACAGGCCUUAGCCCCUCAUCUAAAAUGUCAUAUCAAUAAUGAUCAUGCUGAUUUUCCCUACAAAUGUUCUUACUGCAAUAGAGGUUUCAAAACUAAAUCGAGCUUAACAUUUCACCAUAAAACUCACGACAAAAAUAAAUACCAAUUGCGUUGUCCCAUUUGUCCAUUUAGUGGCUUUCGCGAAGGUGAUUUCAUUAAUCAUGUGUUGACGCAUGAAACCGAGUCGUGCUUUCCGUGUCAGGUCUGUGCGAAAAUAUUACCCACCAAUGCUGAAAGAGCGACACAUUGGAAAACUCAUCUGAAGGAGAAACCGCAUGGGUGCAAGUAUUGUUAUCGCCGUUUUUCGCUCAAACAUAUUCUACAUCGUCACAUAAAGACACACAUAGAAUAUACGGAUCUAAACAUGUCAUUGGACAUUCUUCAGCCAUUUUCUGCUCCUUCGCUUAAGAAAAGAGCACGCGAAACAAUAACAUUACCCAGCGAAGAAGCCUUUAAAUGCGCCGAAAUAUUCGUUACAAACAAUGCCGACAAAUGGACAUUCAACUGUGACUAUUGUCAGAAGGCUACCAGUGAUAUAGGAGUUUUCAUUUGUCACAUUAGAUUGGAGCACUUGAAUGCUGAAAGAGAUUUGAUUGUAAGCAAACAAACUACUGAACUGCCGGACAAUGUUUCAACAGAUCUUGCUACAAACACUCAACAACAGCCUGUACAAUGUGAAAUAGUUAAAGAAGAAGUAACUAUUGCCACAAAUCAUGAGAAUUUACAACUACAAAACAUUUGUGAGAAGGAUGCGGAUAUUGCUGAUAUUAGUUUAUCAAUACAGAAUUCCAUUCCAAAGUCACAGCAUCAUACAGCUGGAGAUAACGAGGUAAUUUUUACAAUAACAUCAAUAGACAGUCAACUACCCCAGCCACAAUCAAUUUCGGAAGAAGAAAAUUCAGAAAUCUCUCAAGACUUGUAUGUAAUAAAUGAAGAAACUGAAAAAAAAUACUUUGAUGGCGACACCUCUACCCAUGAAAUCAGUAAGGAGGAUAAUAAUGAAAUGGCAGAGAUCAAUGAUUCAGAAUCUUGUUAUUCUUCCAAUGAAGAUGAUGGCAAUGACACAGACUUUGAAAUAAACGAUGACAAUGACACAGACUUUGAAAUAAACGAUGACAAUGAAGCCAGUGGUAGUAGUAAGAAGAAAAUAAUGAAAAGAAGUAAAACAACCUUUAAUUGCCCUUACUGCCCGGUAAUAUUCAAAAGAAAACAAUGUUAUGCACGGCAUAUAUUACAUACUCAUGACAAAAAAUUCACCAAAAGAUGUGACAAGUGCUCAAGAGCUUUCCUUACUGACUACGGCUUAAAAGUUCACCUUAAAUCUCAUGACGAUAAGAAUCAUUUUGAGUGUCCUGUGUGUAAAACCAAACACAUAGAAAACUACUUUAUUACUCAUGUUUUGACGCACGAAAGUACAUCGUGCUUUCCUUGUCAAGUCUGUGGCAAGAUAUAUGCCAGCCAAAAGGAACGUAUGAGCCAUUGGAAGACGCACAGCAAAGAGAAGCCAUUUGCCUGUAGUGUUUGUUAUCGGCGCUAUGGUAAACCACACUAUCUAAAACGUCAUUUAAGAAGCCACUAUCAAUAUCAUUGUAAUCUCUGUACGGCAGAAUUCUAUGCAAUUGAAGCUCAACGACCACCCUAUGUUUGUAGGAAAUGUAAAAAAUUGCCCGAUAUAAAGCAAAGAGUAGAAUUUUUUAAAUCUUUGUCUGAUGGCAAUUCUGUCUUCGUUUCGGAUAAGGAUAUAAGUAAAACAUCAAAUCCUGCAGAGGAAUCAAUAAACCAAAAUACAGCAGGAAUUGAAGGUUUACCUUUAAAUGAUAACGAUAACAAUGAUAAGCUCGCUAAUGACAAUGACAAUGACGAAGAAAAUCUAUCAAUUGAAGAUUUCUCAGAUUUAGAAGAUGAUUUACCAACAAUGUCCCAAACACCAUUGCCACACAAAUGUAAAUAUUGCAAAAGAGAUUUCAACUCUAAAGGUGGCUUAGGUCGUCACAUCCGCAAAAGUCAUAUCAACAAUAAUCAAUUUUCGUAUCCCUUCAAAUGUCGGCAAUGCCAAAGAGCUUUCUUAUCCAAAUCGGCCCUUAAUCAUCACACAAAAUUCCAUUACAAAAACUUUCAAUUUAAAUGUCCGCUGUGUCCGAUCACAAAACCAGGAGAAGCUGCCUUUGUGGCUCAUGUCAUGCUGCACGAAACUGAUUCGUGCUGUCCUUGUCAGGUGUGCGGCGAAAUAUUCACCAGCAAUAAAGAACGUAUGGCACAUUGGAAAACUCAUGUCGAAGAGAAACCACAUGCUUGUCUGAUUUGUUAUCGUCGUUUCGCCCAAAAAUUUGUUCUCAAGCGGCAUUUGAAAAUUCACAAUCGAUACGAUUGUGUCUUCUGUACAGAACAUUUCAAUUCACCAAACAGUCUAAAGCAGCCUUAUAUUUGUGGCAAGUGUGAAAAGUUGCCCGAUAUAAAAGAUAAAAUAGAACAUCUUAGAUCUUCGAUGAGUUAAGGAAGGCCAUUCUUGACAACACAUUAUGAAUAUUAAGGUUGGUAUUGAUAUGCUAAAUUUCUAAACAUUCUAAUUGUUUUGAUUGAUUUUUACAAAACAAAUUUAUUUUGUGAGACAAAAA